AUGCGUUCCUUUCCUGCCCUUCUCACCGCUGCCGCCCUUGGCUUGGUCGCAGCGAACCCCCCCGCUUCCGAUGUCGUCGUGACCGUCACUUCCACGCGCACGCACACCUUCUGCCCCGUCACCCAGCCAAUCACCUGUCCAGCAGGUCCAACAGGCACUAAUGUCAGCCCCGGAAAUGGCGGUCACUCGGGCAACAAUGGUGGUCAGGGUGCUGGAGGCCAGGACCCCAACAUUGGCGACGUCUGGCAGUCUCUCUGGGACAACGCUAAGACCGAAUAUCACGGCCAGUGGGAUGACUGGAACAACGUCCCCCCAACCAGCUCCGCCACCACGGCGGCUCCUACAUCAACUGGAACCAAUGGAGGCGGUGACGGCGGCCACGGUGGCGGCUCCUCCACCACGGGGUACUGGAACGGUACCACCACGUCCGGAACUUACUAUCCAGGCAGCACCACCACCACCACGACCAGCGCGUCUCCUUCUGCGACCUUGAUCAAGAACGACACGGAUAUCUGCAAUGACAACCUUCACCGAUCCAAGUGGUGCGACAACAAGAGCAUCGACUCCGACUACUACAAGUCCGACUACAGCACUGGCGUCACCCGCAAAUAUGUCUUCACCAUCACCAACACUACCUUGGUCUUCGAUGGCACCGGCCCCAAGUUGGCUCUUGCCAUCAACGGCCAAGUCCCAGGUCCUGUCAUUGAGGCCAACUGGGGUGAUGACGUUGAGAUUACUGUCAUCAACAAGAUGCAAGACAACGGCACCUCCAUCCAUUUCCACGGCAUUCGUCAAGAGGGUACCAAUGACCAAGAUGGUGUGCCUGGCAUAACGGAGUGUGGCAUUGCUGGAAACGGUGGAAGCCGUACAUACAAAUGGCGUGCUACUUCAUUCGGUACCUCCUGGUAUCACAGCCACAUGUUCACUCAGCUUGGUGAUGGUAUCCGAGGACCGAUCGUCAUCCACGGCCCUGCCACUGCCAACUACGAUUAUGAUAUGGGAACUCUCAUGCUUGAUGACACAUUCACCAUCCCCGCUGCUGCUCAAGCCGCCAGAAUCGCCCACUUUGGACCUGGUGGAACUUUCAACACCCUCUUCAAUGGCAAGAACAAGAGCCCUGAUGGCAAAGCAGGAGAGUCGUUCGGCUGGUCCGUCAAGCCAGGCAAGAAGCAUCUGUUCCGUAUUAUCAACAGUGCUGCUCAGAAUUCCUUCAUCGUUGGAUUCGACAAGCAUACCCUUACCGUAAUCGCCGCCGACUUCAUUCCCAUCAAGCCCUACAAGACUGAGACCGUCAAAAUUGCCAACGGACAGCGCUACGACGUCAUCCUCGAGGCUGAUCAAGCAAUUGACAAGUACUUUGUUCGCGCCGUUCUCCAGACUGCUUGCCCAUCUGGCGGUGCUAACUCUGGCCUUGGUGUCGCUAAUGCGGUCAUCACCUACGAAGGGGCCAACUCUACCGCCAGCCCAAUCUCGCAGACAGCCAUUACCAACGUCACUGCUGCUAUUUGUGAGGAUGAGCCGCUUGCAAGCUUGGUUCCUUACAACGUGAAGCCCGCCGGAACUCUGUCCACCUUCCAGGGCUCCUCGUCAACCAUUCCCGAUGGUGCCCUGACCUCCGUCGCGACCAACGAUGACGGCACAGUCUUCCAGUGGUUCCUCAACAAUGCGGUCAUCAACGUGGAUUUCCACAACCCGACACUCCAGACCCUUGCCACUGGAUCCAAUAACACCAUCAGCAAUGCCAUCACCCUCACCCAGAAAAACGAGUGGGUCUACUUCGUCAUCCAGAAUCAGUUCUUCGUUGCUCAUCCUAUGCACAUUCACGGCCAUGAUGUGUCCGUCCUCGGUCAAGGCCAGGGUAACUUUGGCUCGGCUCAAGCAAGCUCCUUGAACUUCGCAAACCCCAUGCGCCGCGAUACUGUCAUGUUGCAAGGUGGUGCCGGCCCCGGCCAACCGACCGGAUAUACCGUGAUUGGCUUCGAGACCGACAACCCAGGAGCCUGGCUUAUGCAUUGCCACAUCUCGUGGCAUCUGGAUGGUGGCCUUGCUUUGCAAUUCAUUGAGCGUCCUGACGACAUCACCUCCAGCGCGUACGUCAACAAGCAGACCUUCAAGGAUGAAUGCUCUGCCAUGACCUCAUAUGAGGCAUCCAACCCCCAGGGUGCUAAAACGUCGGGUCAAUCUGGUCUCAAGCGACGUUAUGAGGCAUUGGACAUUGAGCCAUUCCACGCCGGUGCAAAGAUGCACAUUGACAAGUACCGCAAGCGAUAUGCUGCUCACGGCCACAGACACUAA